UGUUUAUUAAUAAAAACAUUUUUUUUUAUAAAUUUAUGUAUAUUUAUAAUCUCAUAAUAAACUACAAAAGUAUUUAUCUAUGUGUCGAGUAGAAAAAGUAAUUCUAGAAGUGUUGACAUUGUCAGCAAUUAUAAAAAAUUUAUCUUUUCUGCAGAAUAACCUCUUCUAUACAAACUCAUCUUUAUUUUAUUAACAAUAACAUACUCAUUAAAAUUUUCAUAAAAUGUUAGAAGGAUUAGUAGCUUGGGUACUUAAUAAUUACCUUGGGAAAUAUGUUGAAAAUUUAAACACUGACCAACUAAGCAUCGCUCUUUUGUCAGGAGAAGUAGAACUUGAAAAUUUACCAUUAAAAAAGGAUGCAUUAAAACACAUUGGCCUUCCAAUUGAAAUAAAAGCAGGAUUUAUUGGAAAAGUAAGACUGCAAGUACCGGUUAGACAAAUAAGAACGGCAUCAUGGGUUAUAGCUAUCGAGCAACUUUAUUUAGUGGCUGGACCAAUAAAUUUAGAUGAAUAUGAUAGUGAAGUUGAGGAACAGAUAUUUCAAGAAUAUAAACUUAGUCGACUAGAUGCCCUGGAAGCUCGAUGGAGAGCGAGUAAUGAACGAGACGUUGGAUAUUAUGCUUCAAGUUAUAGUUCUUGGUUAAAUUAUGGGACAUCUCUAGUCACAAAUAUCAUAGAAAAUCUUCAAUUAAAUAUUAGAGAUGUUCACUUGAGAUAUGAAGAUGAUGUGACACUUGGCGAUGGUUCCGGAGUAGCUCUAGGUAUUACAAUAAAAGCUUUAACAGCUCAAAGUUGUGAUUCAACUUGGACACCAGGAUCUACUUCCUGGAAUGUCAAUGAUGCUUCAUUCAAACUUAUGGAGCUCGAUGGCUUGUCCAUUUACUGGAAUCACUUGAAUGUCGACCAAGUUUUCGGAAGAUUAACUCUUGGAGAUUUGGCAAUAGCAAUGAGUGAAUCAAAAAAUACCAAAUGGAAUUAUGUUUUAUCUCCUGUGAGUGCACAAGCACAUAUCAAAAGAGACAGAUCAGAAAAACCAUUAAGAACAAUUUCUCAGCCAAGAAUAAUAGUCAAUCUUCAGCUGGAUCAGGUUCCAUUAUCUUUAACUGAUGAACAAUAUGAACAAAUGGUGAGGUGUAUUAGAGAAUUAGAGAACAUUGAUCAUCGUCGAAGACAAUGGAGAUGUCGUCCAUCUAUGCCAGUUGCCUCAAAUCCUAAAGAAUGGUGGAAAUAUGCAGCUCGGUGUCAUCUAGGUAAAGAUACAUUGAAACCUAAAAUGUCUUGGGACGAUAUGAUUAAGCGUGCUCAUGAUAAUGUAAUAUAUGUUGAAGCAAUUAGGAAGCUUUUAGAUACGCCGACAGCAACUUUAUCUCCCGAUAUUAAGUCAAUUAAAGAGAAAAUAGAGUAUGAACGAAGUUUUGAUGAUCUUAGAAUGCUUAGAGAAAUUGCAAUGUCGAAAGUACGACCACCAAAACCGAUUCAAGAAACUCCAGCACCUGUUUCACCAGCAGCUAGAGGAAUGUUGGUGCAGUGGUUUCCUCAAUGGUGGGGAUGGUAUUCUAAAACUCCCGCCAGUUCCCAAUCUACUUCUUCAGCAUUUGAUGGAGAAUUAUUAGACGUUUUAGCUGAUACUAUUGAUGAUAAUACUCUUCUGAGACGUGAUACGGUUUUUGGUCAAUUUAAUUUUACGUUGUCUAAAGGAGCUAUUUCUUUAUGUGCUUCAGAGAAGAAUAUUGAUGUUAAAAAAACUGUUAUAGAACUUCAAUUUGAACGUGUUAAUUUAAGCUAUGAAUCAAGACCUAGAUCAGGCUCUCAUAAAUUUUCAAUAAGUUUGGGAGCUCUUUUUCUUCAUGAUUUUUUAACUGAAAAUUCAAUGUUUCCUAUCUUAAUUCAACCACAAACUAUCAGUGGUUCUUCUUCAAGACUACGAACUUCAUCAGAAAAAUUAGUAGUUCAACAGCCGGUUCAACCAUUAUUUGAAUUAAUUUACGAAAAGAAACCAUUUCAUGUUAAUACUGAUCAUGCUUUACAUCUUUCUACAAGAUCUUUAGAUGUUGUUUACAAUCCUACAGCUAUCAAGUGGUUAAUUGAUUUUAUCAGCAAUCCUCAUAAAAAUUCUUCAGCUCAUCGACUUCAAGCGAUGAAGAAAAGAACUCGAAGACAAUUGAUAAAAAAUUGGGAACAAAUUUUAGAAGGAGAUUUUGUUUACAGAUCGUCUUGGGAUCUUCAAUUCAAUAUUUCAGCACCUCAAAUUUUAUUAGUAGAAAAAUUCCAAGAUUCAAAUGGAGCUGUUAUUGUUGUAGAUUUCGGAAAAUUACAUUUAACAAAUAAUAUUGGCAAUAAAAAAGUAACUUUAAGACCUGGAUCGCCAAAUAGUGAUGAUGAUUUCAAUGAUGUAAAUUCAAGAAAUAUAAAAAAUCAAAAGGAACAACAAGAGAAUGGAGAUGAUGAUGACGAUGAUGAAGAUGAACGAUUUCAAACACCAUGCUCUACUCCUCCAGGUAGUCAAGAAAAUGGAUCAAUCGUUGAAUAUCAAGGUAUAUCAGAAACGGCUUUACAUCAUAAAUUGUACGAUCAAUAUAGCAUAGAUCUUUUCGAUCUUCAAAUACUUGUUGGAAAAAUAAAGGAUAAUUGGAAGCAUGCAAGAACUCGAGGUAUGUCAAGUUUACAUGUUUUAGAACGAUUUAAUAUUUCUCUACAGAUUGAAAGACGAAUUGUUUCAACUAUGGAUCCUCAAUAUCCAUCUCUAACAAUCUCAGGAAAUCUUCCUAGACUUGUUGUUCAUGUUAAUGAGCAGAAAGUUGAAGUUAUUCGAUCUAUGAAUCAAUUAUUAUCAGUAUUCUGGACAACUUCAGAGUCACCAAGUCGACUUGAUGCUCAAAAUGAACCGGAAAGUCCAAAAAAAGAAGAAAACCUUGAUCGCACAUUGGCUCAUGCCAUGAUGGUUCAAUUUAUUAUUGAUCAAAUGACGUUUGAACUACAAUCUCGAGGUAGAAGUGUCGCAGAAUUACAAGUGUCUGGAGUGAAGGCAGCAUUAAGCAGACGACCUGCAGAUUUAAAUGUAUCUUUAUCAGUUCAUGGACUCCUCUUAGUAGAUGCAAUGCAAGAAUUUGGUCCCGACUUUGAAUUAUUGGUAGCUAGUCAUAAACAUGUUGGAAUGGAUAGUGUAUCUGGAAGUUUAAGGGACUCGGAACCAACCUCUCCAACAUCUCCAGUAUCACCAGGAUCUCCAGAUCCAAGCCUUCCAAGACGACUAACAUCUCCAGUUGCACUUACACGUGCUCUAUCUAGUCUUGCUCAUGAUGUUAAAAAUAUUUGUUCACCGAGAAAUAAUUCUUUAAGCGGUUUAGAACAGCUUGAUAAUGAAGCUUUAAUUGUUAUUGACUUAAUUCUUGUUGAAGAUGCAUCUGAGAAACUUAGAGUAGCAAACAUUCAGUUUAAUAAUUUAGAUAUAAUUGCAAAUCAAGAAACCAUUGUUGAAUUAAUGGGCUUUGUGAAAAGAAUAAUGCCGUCUAAAACGAAACAUUCAAAAAUUGAACGUCAAGAUUCUUUAUUAAAUCAAUCUUUUGAAGCAACAACUCCAACAAGAACAGAAAUAACAUUCGAUUUUCAUCGUUUGAAUGUUUUAUUAUUAAGAGCAGUGAUGCAAGAAAGCCAUUUAGUAGGCCAAAAAAUAGCUACAGCUACGAUGACUGAUGCUAGAAUUCAAGCAACUUUAGCAAUAAAUACUUCGAUAUCUGGCUCUCUAGGAGGCCUUCAGGUUCUUGAUCAAACUUUAAUAGGAAAAACUCAUCAAAGAAUUAUAAGUGUUGGUAGAGAUCCCUUAGCGGAUCCAGUUCAUGUGCCUUUGGAUUAUUAUUCAGGACUUGCCAAUCAAGCAGAAGCUUUUAGAUUUUCUGUGAAUCGAAAUUCAAUAUUUCAACCUUCUUCAGAAAGCCCGAUAAUCGAAUCAGAUGUCUCUAUAAGAGUAGGAAGUGUUUGGUACACUCAUGCGCCUCAUUUAAUUUCUGAACUUCGAUCAUGUGCUGAUGAAUUUAAGCAGUACAUGAGCAAUUUAGCAAGACAUAUUGGAGCUGCUGCUACAGAUAUGGCUAUAGGUUUGGUCCAAGCUGAUGACUGGACUGUUCCUCAAAGAAAACGUUUACCUAGUGUUUCCUUAGUUGAUGGAAAUGAUAACUCUACAAGUGUUCUACGUCUAAAGCUUGAUGUAAUUCUUGACAGUCCAGUAUUAGUUAUUCCAAGAGCAUCUCACAGUUCUCAAGUAUUUGUAGCUCAUCUCGGAACAAUGUCACUCCAACAUGAACCACCUGGAGAUAUCUCUGCUAAGCAGACAGCUAGCUUUGAAGUUAAAGACAUGAAUUUAUAUUCUUUAGAUAUUGCUUCAAAAUUUGGUCAACCAGCAGGUACUACGCCAUCAAGAGCUGAAGAUAUGUAUAAUUGUAAAGAUUCAGGAAGACCGAUUCUCCAUGAUACUACUUUAAAAAUCACUGUAGAAAAAAGUUCUAUCGCUACUUCGUUACAUGGAUCUUGCUUUUUGAUAGAUCAAGAUAUUCCAACGAUUUAUCAACCUAUUGUGCAAGUUCAUGGUGCAGUGACGACUCCAUUAAAGGUUUCUCUUUCUCGUGGACAAUAUGAACAACUCUUAGAUACAAUUCAUGGUCUAUUUUCUGUACCAAAAGUGAAUGAACCAGUUAUUGUCAAACCAGUUCAAAAAACAGAACCCCACGCUUCUGAAAAAUCAUUUGAUGUAUCUUUAAAGGUUCUUUUUGAAUUACCUACACUUUGUAUUCAAUUAAAACAAGAUCAUUCAGAGCAGCCUUUAGUACAAUUAUCAAUGCAGGAUUUUGUAGUGAAGUAUGAAAAGUUACAUAAAAAUGAAUCAUCGACUCAAGUAUCAUUACGAUCUCUUCUUAUGGAAGAUCUGUUGUGUCCUGUUGGAUCAAGGCAUCGUUGCAUGAUGCAAUCAUCAGCACCAACUCGAGCUCGACUACCCCUAGGAGUGUCUAAAUCAUGUCCAGACUUUGCUGUCAACAAGAAAUGGAGAAGUGACCAUAAUAGAGGAAGUUUGCCAGAUAAAUUAGAGACUUGCACACUUUAUGGAACGAUUCCACCACAUUGGAAGAAGCCUAUGUCACUUGUAGGAACUCCAAAUACUCCUCCACCAUCACCUGGAGCAGUUACUUGUGAAGAAAAUCUUGUCUUAAUAAGUAUCACAUUGACAGAAAUAAUUCCUGAUCAAGAAAUUGAUCCAAAUGCUCGUUCUAUUCAUCACACAUCGGUUUGCAUUGAUUUUAAUUGUCUGGAUUUAAUUGUAAGUGUUGAAUCUUGGAUGAUAGUUCUUGAUUUCUUCGGUAUUGGAACUACAAAUGAAGAGACUUAUCAAAUAAAUAUUCAAGAAGAAGAAACGUCGGUGAUUUCUCAGGAUAUGAAUAACAGAUUGAAUGAAAUUAGUGAAUUUCGGUCAGAAACUGAUAUAGAGGUACGUUCUUUGACUAUGAUUCUAACUCGAACUGAUAGAGAGAUUGCCAAAGCGAAUAUAUCGAAUGCUAGCAUGAGAAUUAUAAAAGCUUUAAAUAAAACAAAGGUUUCUGGAUCUUUAGGAUCUAUGUCGUUACUGGAUUUAACUCCUCAUGGCCGGUUUUAUCGGGAAAGAUUCUUAUCAUCAGGUAGAAAAGCUCUUAAUUUUCAAUAUUCAAGUUACGAAAAUAGUACUAAAUUUAAUUAUGAUUCUAAACUGAAACUACAAAUGUCUGCUGUUCAUUACGUUCAUACGCAACGUUUCAUAGCUGAACUUCAAGCAUUCUUUCGUCAUUUCUCUCAACUCCGAGCAAUUAUGGCUAAUCUUAGAGCCGGAGAUGUUGAUGUGGUGGACAUUCAUCAACGAAAAAGCUCAAGACUAUCACUGGAACUUCAUGCAGGAGCUCCAAUUAUUUUACUUCCAGUUAGUUCUCAAUCAGACCAGCUGAUAGUUCUUGAUCUUGGUGAAUUAACUGCUCAUAAUUCUUUCCACAAAUCUGAGUCUGAUGUACAAUGCCUUUUAGAUGUAAUGCUAUUGGAACUGGUAAACAUGGAUGUAUAUGCAGCCCAGAGAGUGAAAAAUGAUGAUAAACAUGACAAUGAUACUGAUAAUAUGAUGAUUGGUGGAUUUUAUUUGAAUAAAUUAGGCCCAUCUUUACUUACUGAAAAAUGCCAUUUAAGUUUGAAGAUCGAAAGGAAUCUUGAUUAUGACAUUAGCCGAAGUAUUCCUGAUUUAUCUAUCCAUGGAACCUUGUCAACUAUGAACAUUGCUCUUGAUCCUGCUCAAUACAUGUUAGUUCGUGGACUUUUAUCCUAUAAUAUUGGCGAGAAUUUGGAUGAUAUUCGUAUGUUUUUGGAUGAUUUGAGUGAUGUGAAUAAAUAUUUCAUGACAGAAGAACCAACAUCGAUGGAAAAAGUUUGGACCAGGUCAUGUAUUACUUUGGAUAUAGUCAAUGUAACAUUGAAACUACAUCCUAAUCAUGGAAUAGCAGCUUUAGCUUGCGUUAAUUUCAUCAAAUCUCGCUUGACUCUUGAUUCGUUAAGUGAUGGUUCUCAAGAUAUAGAUUUAGUAUCUCAAGAAAUUUUGAUUAUUGAUACUCGAUUCCAAGAUGAACCAGUCAACAAAAGAUCCAAUGUAUUUACCAGCAUUCUUCAACCGUUAAAAAAAUUCGAUAAAAUUGAUGGUCGAGUUCAAGCUGAAAUUCAUCAUCGUAGAAGAAAAAAUACAGCUGCAACUACAAUUUUACUACAUAGCAUGAGAUUAACAGCCAUUCUGGAUUGGUGGGAAGCAGUGAAAGAUUUCUUGGUGUUGAAUUCUCCAGAACCUGAACCUAUUUUGGAAGUAACCCAAUUGCCUUCUGUAUCUCAAGAAUUCAACAAUGAAGUAAUGCAGAAUAAUACUUCACCAUUUGAGUUGAAACUUAAUAUCACAGAUUCAGAAUUAGUGAUUGUUGAAGAUACUUCUCUUUGGGAUACAAAUGCAGUUAUUUUAAAAUGUACAGCUAUCUUAUCUUAUCGAUCUCUUCCUCAAGAAGAUGAAAAACCUCUGUCAUGUAAUUUAUCAAAUUGUGAGCUUUACUCUUGUAUCCUAGGGAUGGAAGAUGAAACUGCACUGUCAAUCAUUGAUCCAGUGACUGCUAGUUUCGAAUUAACGAAAGAAAAAUCAUUAGAAAUUCAAUUACAACCUUUGAGCAUAAAAUUAAGUUAUCAUGAUGUUACAAUGUUUGGAAGAAUGUUGAGUUCAUUACCAAAACAGACUUUAUUAGCUAAACAACGAGGAUCCCAAGGACCUCCAGCUAAUGCUAAAAACCAUAUAAUGAAGCUGUCAGCUUUAGGGUUUACUGAAACUGAUUGCGAAGCUGCUUUGGAUAAAUGUAAUGGACAACUAGAUGAUGCUGCAAUUUGGUUGACUCAAAAUGCUGUUCCCAAUCAGGAUAGUCAAGUGAAGAAUGAUCUAUUCUUUCAUGUCAUUGAAAUAGAAUCUUCUUGUUUAAGAAUAUGCAUCAUUGAUGAUUGUAGAGAUGCUGAUGUUCCUCUGAUGGAAUUACUUCUUUUAGAUUUUUCUUUAAAUCAAGUACCAAGUGGACCUGGAUGUUUAAAAGCUACAUUUGCUAUUGAUUAUUAUAAUAGAGUGCUAAGUGGUUGGGAGCCAUUUUUAGAAUCAUGGAAAGCAAUAGUUCAAUGGGAAUAUAAUUCUGGAAAUCUGGCGAAUUCAAAGCAACUUCAAAUUCAAAUUGAUGCUGAAGAUUCUGUUAAUAUAAAUAUCACAUCCACAUUUGUAGAACUUGUGAAAUUGGUUAAAGAUAAUUGGACUCAAGAUUAUUAUUUCUCUAAUAAUAAAGAUACUUCUGUAGUUAAAACAUCAUCAAGUCUUCAAAGCUAUCGAAGACGAUCUCCUUUUGUUCCAUUUGCAUUAAAAAAUGAUACAGGUUCUAAAUUAUGGUUUAAAACUUUCAUCGCCGUUGCUGAUGAUAUACAUCAAUCAAAUUAUCAAUUCAACGUGGAUGAUUUUGUCAAAAGAGAUGAAACUUGGUGUGAAGUAUCACCUGGAGAUACAAUCCCUUUUACUUUUGAAGAAAGAGGGAAACUUAGACAUCAGUCAACUCAUGCAGUAAGAAGACACCAAGUGGCUGUUCUUGUAGAAGGAUGGCGACCAGUGGAUCCAGUAACAGUUGAUAGAGUUGGAGUUUAUUUUCGCUAUGCUAAUUCUGCUGUAAAACACUUUGAUAGUAUCGUUACUAAAGCACGAAUAGUUUUUGCUGUUGAACUUGAAGGAUCUGCUAGGAAGUUGGUGACUGUUCGAUCAGCUCUUCAAGUUGUUAAUAAACUAGCCUAUCCUGUGGAUAUAAAAAUGGAAAAAUCUUUAACCCAGUUUGGAUACUUCCCGAUCGGGUCUAUUGGCAAUAUUAGUGGUAUAAAAACUUUGCAAAUUCCUGCUCAAUCUAGUAUAUCUAUACCACUGACACACACUGGUGUUCAAAUGAGCUUAAAACCGCAGCAUCCAAACUAUGCUUAUCAAUAUUGCCUUGAACCUAUAGACUGGACGCUUAUUAAAAAGCCUUUGGAAGUUUCAGAAAUUAUUACGACAUGCAGAACUAAUCAGAAUAAUAUUUUUAAAAUGUGUGUUGCUGUUCGACGUGACAAUUAUCCGAUUGAUAUUGGAAAUUAUGUUCUACCAGCACAUACUAUUACUAUCUUGCCACCAGUAACGCUGAAUAAUCUUCUGCCUCAUGAAUUACUUUACCAAGUAGGCACUGAAAAAGGUAGAAUCCCUCCAGGAAAUAAUGCUGAUAUUUAUGAAAUCAAUGUUCAUGAAGAGCAAUUAGAAAUUUCUUUCCAACUUGAUGGCUAUCCUGGGUCUGGAACUUUAUUGCUUUCUCAAAUAUCAGGGUCAUUCCUUUCUCGAAUGAAGUUGACAGAUUCUCUGGGACGUAUUUUAUUUCUACAAGCUGCCGUGAUAAUUGAAAAAGGAUCAGCUGUUCGUAUAAAUAUUACUGCUCCUUAUUGGAUUAUCAACAAAACUGGAUUACCUCUUGUAUUUAGACAAGAAGGAGUUAUUUCUGAAGCUGCUGGACAAUUUGAGGAACAUGAAAAAGCCAGGAUGGUUGCUCCACUUUUAUUUUCAUUCAGUGAUGAAGAGGCAAGCAGAGCAUUGUCUGUGAGAGUUGGAAUUGAACUACAUCCUAAAAGUAUUUCUCAAUGGUCUCAACCUUUUCAUCUUCAACCUGGAGUUCAAGUUCAUCGAUUGAGAGUCACCUUGCGCGAUGGAAGGCCUGAUAUUGUCUACUUAAUUGGAGUCGCUACGAGAACAGCACGAGGAAGAUACCAAGCAACCACUGUCGUUACUUUAUCACCACGUUAUCAACUUCAUAAUCGAUCUUCAUGUACAUUAGAACUAGCUCAAAGAUGUUUUACAACGACUGUUAGCAAUCCUGAUGCUCAAGCAACAUAUAUUACAGCAAUGCCUGAUUGUCAUAUGCCAUUUCAUUGGCCUCGUUUGGAUAAAGAUCAAUUACUCUGUGUCAGAAUCAUUGAUGUACCUCAUUGCGUGUGGUCUGGAGGAAUAAUUAUCGAUGGCAAUCAUUCUUUAACAAUAAACAUCAGAGAUAACGCUGGAAAAAUGCAUUUUCUUCGAGUUGAUGUUGUUCUUCAAGAAAGUACGUUCUUUAUUGUCUUCACUGAUGCUAAUACAAUGCCUCCACCCAUUAGAGUUGAUAAUUUUUCAGAAGUUUCACUUACUAUUAAUCAAACUGAUGUACCUGAUAAUCUUCAGUGGACUGUAAGACCACAUUUAUCAGUUCCUUAUGCUCUUGAUGAACCCACACAAAGUGCCAAUCUCACUGUAACAGCUCCAGGUGGAGUUACAGCAAUAUACGACUUAAAUGUGCUAGGAGAAAAUCGUGGACUUACUUAUGAAAAUUUUAUUUAUAUAGCGUUUACAGGAACAUUUAAAGUAGACGGUGAUCUAGGUACAGGAGAAGGAAGAUUAGAUCCUUUGGAUGUUGAAACACAGAGAUUAGUACUUGAAGCUGGUCCUGGUGGUUGGGUAGCUCUGAGAAGACAGCAAUAUGGAGCAAGAUCACAACUUUGGAGAAUGACUGGAGAUGGGCAACUUCAACAUGAAGGAUCAAGUCCACCUCGAGAUAAGCAUUCAAAAACUUCAGACCCAGUUUUCGUUCUCGAUAUUGCUGGUCCUGCACCACAGCCCUUCAAUUAUUGUGCUCUAGCACUAAGAAGACCCGAUCCUCGACGACGAUCAACACAGACUUGGAAAUUUACUGACGAUGGAAGACUUUGCUGCGCUCACAAAAAUAUGUGUGUCCAAUCAAAAGAUGGUUUUAUGGGCUUAUAUGAAGGCGGCAGUGUCGCCCGUUGGCAAAUGUGGAGUGAAGCAGUUCUUGGACCUCAAACUCAUAGUAAUCCACCUCCAAUUGAACAAUGUGUUGGUAGACAAAGGUUACGACCAGGAUCUGGAUUCUUAUCAGUCACUGUUACUACUGAUGGUCCGACAAGAGUUCUACAAAUUUUAGAUAUAAAAGAAAGGAAAAAGACAUUUGCAGCACUUGAAGAACGUGAUUGGUCUCAUAUUGCAGUUACCCAAAGACCUUCUCAACUGGAUGCUAAUGAAAGAAAAGCAGCUUCUUCUGAGCUGAAAUUAACAGUUAGUUUACCAGCAGGUUUAGGAUUAUCAGUAGUUUCACGUCAACCAGUAGAAGAAUUACUUUUUGCAAGAUUUGCUGGUAUAGCUUUCGAUUUUCUAAAAACUCCAAUAAAUUCAGUGCUAAAUCUAAGUGUUGCUGACAUACAAAUAGACAAUCAACUGCUUGAAGCUCAAUGUACAUCCGUACUAUAUAUAACACCAUUUUCAAAGCCGGAAAAUGCUGAUAGACCAGCCAUAGAAGUAUCAACUGAAAAACAUCCUUCAAAAAAUCAGAAUGCUGAAAUUUAUAAACAUUUAAUUAUUGGCAUCCGACCUUUGUGUGUUCAUUUAGAAGAAAGAUUAAUUUUAAAAUUGGCAGCUUUUGUAGGAACUAGUCAUACUGAUUCAGAAGCUCCAAUUGAUGAAAAUGACUUCAAAGCUCAACGAUUCAUAUCCGAAGUAUCAGCGGCUCAUGCGAAACGAUAUUAUUUUGAAAUAUUAAAACUUGUGCCAAGUCAAGUAAAAUUGAGUGUUUUAACAACGACAAAAUUACCUCGUCAUCUUCAAUCUAUUAAACGGAAACUAGGACUUACACUGAUAAAAUUUGAAGGUGCUUCAAUAGAAUUAGAGCCAUUUAUUAAACGACAUCCUUUUGAAAGUAGCCAAUUUCUUAUUCAUUCAAUUAUAAAACAUUAUAAAGAUGAAUUGAAAUGGCAAGCAGCAGUAAUAUUAGGCUCUGUAGAUUUUUUGGGUAAUCCACUAGGUUUUGUAAAUGAUGUUUCUGAAGGAAUGUCUGGAUUACUUGAGGGAAAUGUCAAAACUUUAAUUAAAAAUGUAACUCAUGGAUUAUCUAACUCUGCAGCAAAACUAUCUGAGUCUUUAUCAGAUGGACUUGGAAGAGUAACAAUGGAUGAAAGUCAUGAAGAAGCAAGACAAAGGAUUCGUACUAAUACAGUUCACAGUGGAGAUCACAUCGUUGCAGGCUUGAAAGGCCUUGGUUUUGGAGUUCUUGGUGGUUUAACUAGUGUAGUGAAACAAACUUAUGAUGGAGCAACUAAUGAAGGAUUUCCUGGUUUUUUCACUGGUUUUGGUAAAGGAAUAGUCGGGACAUUUACAAAACCAGUUGUAGGAAUGUUGGACUUUGCCACAGAAGCAGCUACAGCUUUGAGAGAAUCAAGUAGAAGUUCUCAUAGGACUAUUCCAAAGAGGCAAAGACCUCCUAGAGUUGCUAGUGGUCCAGCGGGACUUUUACCUCCAUAUAAUCAUCAGCAAGCAGAAGGACAAGAAUUCUUGUAUAAUAUUAAUGAACACAAUUAUUCAGAAUUGUUCGUAGCUUUUGAAAGCCUUUGUAGGGGAGCUGAAAACCUUCAAAUGCUUGUUUCAAAUGAAAAAGUUCGUGUUAUUAACGGAAGUACAAAGACUGUAGUUACAGAAGUUAAUUUGGCUGAUUUAGUACAAUGUAAACCAAUAGAAAAAAUCGAAAAUAAUAACACAACAUCACAUUAUAUUGAAAUAGCAUCAAGAAUUGAUUCAUCAGUUACUCUUAAUAUUGAUGGUCCUGAAAAAUUGCGACGUCCAAAAGUACGAUGUGAUAAUGAAGAAAUAGCCAAAUGGGUAUCACAACAAAUUAUUUAUGCUAAAGGAAUGCAUGAAGAGCGAAAUUUAACUUUAAUGUCGUCUGAUAAUAUGUUAGAUGACAUUCAUUACUACAAAUAAAUACAAAUAGUAAUAUAAAUUAGAACAAUAGUGUGAAAGAUUAUUAAUACUCGACAUCUUAAUUGCUUUUUGUACUGGUUUUUCAUAUAACUAUCAAUAUAAUCAAAUAAUUAAAUUAUUUAUGUAUAAAAAUUGGCUGUGAAACAAUAGGGUAUUCCAAAAUUAUUUAAUUUGAUUUUUUUUUGAUAAAAUACACACGGAACUAUGUGUGGCCAUUAAAAUUAAAGCAUUCUGGAAUAAUAAUUUUAAAAAAUCGUACUAUUCGUACUUUUCAAACAAUUGUAUUUACUUAAUGUACUUUUACAUCAAACAGAACAUUUUAUUUAUUAUAUUUUUGUGGUUAUAAAUCAAUGAUGUAAUUGAUUUUGUUAAAUAAGAAAAAAAAUUAUUCCAGGUAUAAAGUUCUAAUUCUAAAUAUUGAAAGAUACUUAUUUAUAAACGGUUAGUGAA